UCAUGUGAACUCGACUAAAUUGAUCAGUUAAAACAGGAGAGUUUUACAAACUGAGGAUGAGUGACAAACCCGCAGAACAAAAUGACAGCAACAAGAGGAUUAAACGUGACAUUGCUACAUACUGGAAGUAGCCCAGUGCAGAGACAUCGUCCAGAUCUUGCUCAUUUUUAGUCCAGAGAAUGCUUCCAGAGAUCCGUGCCAGUGUGACGUGUAAAUUAAGCUGAAGGCAUACUCUUUGGGAUGGGAAAUCCCCUUCUGGAUAUCCUGGUGAGCACAGAUGAAUCAUUUCUGGAAAAAUAUGGACUGGAAGCAAACAACGCCAUCCUGGCUGAAGACAAGCACCAAUCGAUGUAUCAGGAAAUGAGCGACAUGAAGAACGUGGAGUAUAUCGCUGGAGGUGCCACACAGAACUCAAUGAGAGUUGCUCAGUGGAUUAUAAAGGAACCAAAACGGGCCACCUUCAUGGGCUCAGUAGGUGAAGAUGUGUACAGCAAAAUAUUACAGACCAGAGCCGAGGACGCUGGAGUAGUUGUUCGUUACCAAAAACAGUCCAAUCACCCCACUGGUACAUGUGCUGUUGUGGUUACUAAUAAUGGAAAGUGCCGGUCUUUAGUUGCCAAUUUGGCUGCUGCUAAUCACUUCAAUAUUUCCCAUUUAGAAAACCCAGAAAAUCGAGCUUUGAUGGAAAAAGCUAAAUUUUACUACAUAUCUGGAUUCUUCUUGACAGUCUCUCCAGAAUCUAUACUGAAAGUUGGAAAGCAUGCUUGCGAGAAGGACAAAAUGUUUUGCAUGAACCUGUCUGCCCCAUUUCUCUGUGAAUUUUUCAAGGACCCAAUGAUGCAGGCUUUCCCAUACAUUGACUUGAUAUUUGGUAAUGAAACGGAAGCAGCCAAAUUUUCUGAAAUUCAGGGAUUUGGUACUACAGAUAUAAAAGAAAUUGCCCUAAAGACGGCAGAUCUUCCAAAGCACAACAAGGACAGACAGCGGAUAGUUGUUUACACUCAGGGAGCUGAAAAUGUUAUUUUAGCUAAAGAUGGCAAAAUUACAGAGUUCCCUGUAAUUAAAUUGUCUGAAGAGGAGUUAAUUGACACAAAUGGGGCUGGAGAUGCAUUUGUUGGAGGUUUCUUAGCACAACUGGUUCAAGGCAAGUCUACUGAAGAGUGCAUCAAGUGCGGCAUAUGGGCAGCAACAGAGAUCAUCCAAAGAUCAGGCUGCAGUUUCCCAAAAGACUUGCAGUACCCUGGCUAAUAUUGUAAAUGUACUUUCCAGUAUGCAUAACCUUCCCUUCUCAUUCCCCAUUUUAUAAACUUGUUUUAUCUGUUAAUUAGAGCAGCCAAGACAAUUAGGUUUCUGUACCUCUUCAGAUUGUGGUUGUGAAUAUAUUUUACAUAUAUUUUCCCACUUCAUGAAAGACAGACAUUUUGAGCUGUUGUUUGUUAAAUAAACUUUUAUAAUCUUU